AUGGGGCUCAUAUCCGCCAAAACGAUUCUGACCUCCAUCUGCCUCUUCCACAUCACCCUCGCCUUCUUCUUCGUCACCAAUCCCGCCACCAUUGCCGACCAGGGCGUGGUCUGGCUAAUGGGAGAGGCCAUGGGCCUGCCUCACUCCCGCCACUUCGACACGCAAUCCCCCACCGCCGCCUUCCUCGGCAUCGUCCUCGGCCUCUGGGGUCUCACCGACCUCGUCUCGCUCUCCAUGCCCGAGGAGAUCGCCUUGAUCCACCACUGGGGCUCGCAAGUGCCCCUGCGCCUGACCUGUUCCUUCUUCUUGACGCUCUACAGCUUCUUCUUCUCGGCUUCGUCUCCGCUGUAUGACUCGGCCACCCCUUCGGGAGGAAAGUUCAGCCACCCGACGACGUCGUCUUCGUUCGAGAGCCAGUAUGCGGCCAAGGAGGUCGCGGGCGAUUGGGGCUGGGGAGGCGAUGCGCUCAAGAACCGCGUGUUUUUUACCUUCAUGUUUGUCGAGACGUUUAGCUGGUUUUGGGUGUACUUGACGUUGAAGGAGGAGCAGGUGGAUAUUUUGAAGAGGGCGGCGCAGAGGAGGGAGAAGGAGAGGGACAGGUUUUAA